AUGGAUCCUUACAGAUUAACAGUUACGCAAGCAUUAUCAAACAUCAAGAACGGGUCACUGACCAUCGAACAAUAUGCUCGGUCCCUCCUCUCGCGAGUCCAGGAGCGUGACUCGACCGUACAGGCGUGGACGCAUCUUGAACCGGACCAUGUCAUCGAAGAAGCCAGAAGGCUCGACCGCGUCCCUUUCGGCGAACGAGGCCCAGUACACGGCCUUCCGGUAGCUGUGAAGGACUUGAUAUAUACUAAAGACAUGCCCACACAGUACGGUUCUCCCAUCUAUGACGGACACGCGCCGGAGCUUGAUGCGGCGUCGAUUAUAGUACUGCGCCAGGCUGGUGCAUUGAUACUCGGGAAAACGACAACGACCGAGUUCGCAUCUACCCAAGGCGGGCCCAAGACAUGCAACCCGCAUGACCCAACAAGAACACCCGGUGGUUCGUCGUCCGGGUCGGCGGCUGCGGUCGGAGACUUCCAGGCGCCGGUCGGAAUUGGGUCACAAACGGGGGGCUCGGUAAUCCGCCCGGGCUCCUUCAACGGCGUCUAUGCCUUCAAGCCAACGUGGAAUGCAAUCAGUCGCGAAGGACUGAAGUUUUAUUCCCCCAUCCUCGACACGAUCGGAUUCUUUGCACGCUGUGUCGACGACCUGGAACUCGUGACUGAUCUGUUCGACAUUGAAGAUGACGAAGCUGUCAUCAGCGAAUUCACAGUGAGGGGCGCAAAGUUUGGCGUGGCGAAGACGGUAGUGUGGCCAAAAGCCGGCCCUGGGACCAAGAUGGCAUUGGAAAGUGCCGCGCAGCUUCUGCGAAGCCAUGGGGCAGAGGUCGAAGAGGUCGAGCUAUCUUCCGAGUUCGAUCGAAUGCCCGAGUGGCACAACGUCUUGACCGAAAAUGAAGCCCGAGCAACCUUCUUGCCUGAAUAUCGGCUUGCAAAGGAGAAGCUUUCCCCAUUCUUGACUGGACGCAUCGAGAAUGUGAACAAGGUCUCCCGCGCAGCGCAGUUAGAAGCGUACGAUGGGAUCGCCGCGCUACGCCCGAAGAUCGACGAGAUUGCGAAGGGAUAUGCGGCCAUACUCACGCCUAGCGUUGUUGACGAGGCGCCGUUGGGACUUCAGAGUACUGGGAGCCCAGUAUUCAAUAGCAUGUGGACGGCUCUACAUACGCCCGUCAUCAACAUCCCGGGAUUCAAAGGCGCCAACGAUAUGCCCAUUGGAAUCUCGUUGGUUGCACCACGUUACCACGAUAGGCGCUUGCUUGUAGUCUCAAAGGCGGUUGGGGCGAUUUUCGAGGCCGAAGGAGGCUGGGAGCGCAAACUCUAGGUUUAAUCUCGGAAGUUCUAUCGCGAUGGAUUCAAAAGGCUUCGGACAGCCAGACAUAUCCCAUGAUGCAUUCAAAAGCGAGUAGCAAUAUAAUUAUCAAGUGUGUACUGGCUUCUAGGACAGUGACUUGCAACUUGGCGUUUGAUAACCUAACCCUGUAGGUACUGUUCUGUAGGUACUAGGCGGCCUGAAGAAAGGCACCUAAUUCAGUAUAACGCAGGGUCUUUUAGUGCUAUAUAGGAGGUAGGUAUGGUCUCAAAAUGCAACC